UUAGCACAACACGAUGUUUUUACUAAGGCACUUCGCUGCUUUGAUGGCAGUUGUCGUAAUGACAACUCAGUUGAGGAGGUUGGUGUUGAUGCUCGUAAAGGUGAAAGAUCACUAAAUCGUACGCAAUUGGAGAAGCAGUAUCACGACUGGAUUAAUAAUAUGCAUGCAAAGUAUGACGUGGAAAUGGACGGAGGGGACGACAAGCAUACUGUUAUUAUCAACCCAAGCAACAAGGAGCGACUUGGAAUAUCUAAAGAUGUUGAAGUUAUUAGAGUUCACACCUCGGUUAGCAGAAAAGGAAAAACAUGGAGAAGUGGAGAUCAUCUGAAAAUCCAACCAGGAGUAGUUGCACGAAUGAAAAACAAUUUCUACUCAUCGAAAAACAAUUUCUAUGGAACACUGGAAUAUGUUGUUGUUGAAGGACUUCGAGGAGAUAUCUGUGGUGAAGCUCGACUUAUAUGCAGGUCUAUUGAGUGCCCUGGUGAUCAAGGUUGCUUACUCGAGGUAGGUCAAGAUAGUGUGCACCUUAAUAUCAAGGAAUCUUUCUCCUUCCCUAUCAGCGUGAUAGAUGAUAACAAGUGUCAAACCAUGGACGAGGAUUCGUGGUGUCAAAUGCUUAGAAAGAAAAGUGCAAAGGCUCCAGCGUGUAUUGAGGAUGUACCGUUUGAAAAAGUUAUAACGGCUGGUCAUAACCAUCCACGUGAAAUUAUAGCUGUAAUCCGGCCACAAAAUGCUACUACCUGCUCCACCAGCCUCCUUGACAAGAGAUAUAUUGUGAAGGAUGAUGAUCUAGAGAUGGCAAUGGAGAUUUGUCAUCUGCCUGGAAGCAAAGAUCAUCUUCGUGCAAAGCUUAUUUAUAAAAAGCUCAAGAAACCCUCAUCGCGCAAUAGCAUAAAUGGACUGUAUAUCUUUCAGUUGAGCGAAGAGACAAGCAUGUUUACUAAAUCUGGUGUUUACAGUUUUAUUUUCUCAGUUAGGUGCAGAGAUUCAACUGUCAUUAAGCAUGAAACGAGGAUAACAGUUCGUCCAAACUCCAAUACUAGACAUUGGCAGUUAUCCUGUGAUGCUGAUUGGUCUGCUGACAAUGCUGUAGUAGAUAUAAGGCUUGGAAUGCCAGUUAGAUGUCUUGCAGCUAGAAGCCAUGAUUUGUAUGGGAACGGAAUUCCUUUCCUUGAUAUACAUAAGGCCGUCAUAACUAUACUUGGUGGUGAUGAUAUUCUGGCUCAGGUUAAGGACAUCAAAGUGGAUCUCUCAACAGAUUUAUUGACUCUGUAUAUCAGGGAUUUUCUGUUCAAAACCAACAAAUUGGACAGAGUAAGGCCGAAUUAUGAAGUGAUGUUAAAGAUUUCUUUAUCUGAUAGUGAACUCUCUCAUCCAUGUAAAGUUAAGCCAGGUCUUCCGUCAACAAUUAAUAUGGAUAUGUCCCUUGCUUGGGAGAAGAAUUUAACUCCUGGAGAAGUUAUUGAUGGUGCCCUUCUAGAGGUGCUUGAUCAUUGUGGCAAUCAUGUUGAAGGGACGGAACUUAUUGUCAAUACUGUUGGACUCUCCUUUGUAGAUAAAUGCGGACCUGCUCGAAAGGUAAACAGCGAAGGAUUUGUUGACCUACGUGGAAUGCUUAAAGUUGUUAGUGGAUUUGGUUCAGAAGCUUGUUUGACGAUUUUUCAUCACAAGAAAAAGAUUUUCAAUAGAACAUUUCAAAUUGCUAUCAGUAAUUUGAAAGCUGUUAAGGUUCCGGAAAGUUGUCCUGCUGGGACCUUCUUGGAGAACAUAAUAUUUGAAGUUUCUGACUGUGAUGGAGUGAUUGACGAGUCAAUACAUGGACUCCAACAUACACUUAGCAUCAGGUCAAAUCAAUUAAAAGAUGUGCAAGGAGCACAAUAUGCAUUUGAACAUGGAAGAUGUGUUCUUCCUCGUGCACAGGUUCCUGAUGAACCAGGAACAGUCAGUUUUGUGGCACAUCAUACACAUUUUGCUGACCUGGAAACAAUAAUUCAGAUUCAUGUUUAUGCUCUUGAUUUAGUGCGAGUAAACUCGGAGGAGGACUUUGAACCUAUAUGCAGCUACCCAACUUCAUCUCUAUCAAGUCAAGAUCUUUUAUCUCCAAGUCAACUUGGUUCUUGUCAAUCUGUUAGAUACAUUGAGGAUGCUCUGAGGAAAGUUUCUGAAGAGAUUGAAUCAAUUGAUUCCAAUAUACGCUCUGAAGAAGAAAUGAUUAAAUUUCUUGAUUCUCAAAAGAAAUCUGUGGAGAAUCGUAUUGCCAGUCUGAAAGAUGAGAUUGGCCACAGAGUUGGCGCAAAAGAGAUAACUCGUCAUAAAAUUGAAGAGAAUGUUGGUACUGCUGCUGCUGUUCUAUGUAAUCUCUCCAACCGUAAAGCAUAUGAACCAGGGCGAUCUUUCAAGGAUGAAGUUGUUGGUAUUGUUGCUCUUCUCGGAACUGUUGCUAACAGAGAGCUCAGUAGGAUGCUUUCUGUGUAUCUUGGUGAAGACAACAUGCUUGCAGUGGUUUGCAAGACUCAGGAUGCUGCUAAUUACUUUGAAAAAUAUGACACUGAAGGAAAUGUGGAUAUUCGCUUUGGUAUUCAUCAGGAAGCAGCUAAACUAGGAGUCCCAAUAAGCAGGAGAUUUCCUAUCAUAUGCCUGGAUGAAAUAAGGCCAUAUAAUGGAGACGUCUUUUGGAACAUAAGGCAAAAAAAGCUAAAUCUGCCUUUUCCACAUUCGGAGACGCCCAAGGGAUUUCGUGGGUUUGCGGUCAACUUGAUCAAUCUUUCUGCAGAGAACUUGGAGAUAAUCACAAGUAGUGGACAUGGUCUCCGUGAAACCUUAUUUUAUAGGCUCUUUGGAGAGCUUCAAGUUUAUGAAACACGGAAUGAAAUGCGGCAAGCUAUGCCUCAUUUGAGGAAUGGGGCUAUAUCUUUGGAUGGUGGGAUUAUAAAGGGUGAUGGUAUGCUGCUGCUUGGUUACAGUGACCCGGAGAUCAUAUUUCCCGUCAUGCCUGAUGCUCCUGACAUUGUGGAAGACCCUGAGGAUGUGUUUUUUCUAAAAAAGAUGAACGCAGAGAAGAAUGUUCUGGAAACGGUGGAGAACAAGAUAAGAAAAGCCGAAGAGAAUCGGCAGAAAUUGGUCAUGAAGCGCAACAAGAAGAAACGCAAAUUCGACGAGAUGGCGGAGGUAAUGAGCCAGCCUAGUGGCAGCCAGCUUGAUCAGUAUCACCCAGUGUCACAGUAGACGAAUGGGCUUGUAGCAAUCUAACAAUGUGGUCUACAAAGAUGGUCACAUGGCAUCAUAUUAACUGCUGAACUGUUCUAGGUUUUUAUGAAUCUUGUUACUCUAGUUUUGUACGGGAUUAGCUGAUGGACUGAUUAACAUGCUACUAGCAAUGCAACUAGGCAGUGUUUGACUAAAUCUAAUAUGUAUCAUUUUACUGCGUUCAGUUCUCUUGUGAGUUUA